AUGUGGGUCUCUCAUCCUCAAUUUAGGGAGACGGUCUUGGCUAACUGGUCUAAACAAUUACUGUAUAAGGGUAGUGGUUUAGAGCAGAUUAGCUGGAAACUUACCCGUCUUAAGCAUGUCUUGAAGGCGUUUAACUGGAAGGUAAUGGGGGAUGUUGCCUGUAAUUAUGAGAGAAGUAAAAGGUUAUAUCAACAGGCCCACUCUAAUUGUUUUGCUGAUCCGACUAAUAGCAGAUUGUGUAAUGAGGAUCGAGAAGCUUUUCUGGAUUUUAAAAGGCAGGAGAGAUUGUAUGCUAGUUUCCUCUACCAAAAGAGCAAAAUAGCCUGGUUGCGCUUUGGAGAUGAUAAUUCUUCAUUUUUUCAUGCUAGCUUAAAGAAGAGGAAAUUAGCUAAUAGGAUUGUGUCCUAUGUUACUGAGGAAAGGCAGAUUGUGGAUGAUUAUACUAAAGUUACAAGUCAUUUUCUUCAGCAUUUUAAGAGUUUUUUGGGUGCAGCUAAUAAGGCUUCGGGUAAAAUUGAUUCUCAAGCUAUUGGGUAUGGCUCGGUGUUGAGUAGUGAAGCUCAGUUGGGUUUGAUCAAACCGUUCUCUGCUCAUGAAGUUAAAGCGACUAUGUUUAGCAUUCACUCAAUUAAAAGCCCAGGUCCGGAUGGUUAUGGGGCGGUGGAUCAUCCAGUUAAUGCAACUGAUUUUAGGCCUAUUGCUUGUUGCACUACCAUUUACAAAUGCAUAUCCAAAAUGUUGUGCAAUAGGCUUAACUCUAUUCUUCCUUUGCUGAUUAAUCAGAAUCAGGGGGCUUUUAUCAAGCAUCGAUCUCUUGCUCAUAAUGUUCUCAUCCUUCAAGACUUGCUUAAGGGGUACAAUAGGAAAAAUAUUUCCCCUCGAUGUCUUAUGAAGAUUGAUAUUAGUAAGGCGUAUGACUCAAUUGAAUGGGAUUUCUUGGAAAAUCUUCUAUAUGAUCUUUGUUUCCCAAUGAGAUUUAUUAGGUGGGUUAUGGUUUGUCUUCGGGGGUCAUCCUAUUCUUUAGUGAUAAAUAAUGGCAUUCAAGGUCAUUUUCAAGGAGCAAAAGGACUCAGACAAGGAGACCCAAUAUCGCCUUUACUCUUUGUUAUUGUGAUGGAUUAUCUUACUCGUUUACUGUUAAAGGCUGGUAUGGAGAAAUAUUUCAGAUUUCACCCGUUAUGUAAGUCUCUAAAGCUUGUUAGUCUUUGUUUUGCUGACAAUCUCCUAUUGUUUUGCAAAGCCAAUCUGAAGUCAGUCAUGAUACUUCAUCAAGCUUUUAAUGACUUUACCUUGUCUUCGAGCCUCUCUAUCAAUCAAAGCAAAUCUCGAAUCUAUAUUGGAGGGCUAGCUGCUGGUGACAAAGCUCCCCUGUUGUUGUGUUCUAAUUUGAUUGAAGGGAAAUUUCCUUUGAAUUAUUUGGGUGUCCCUUUGAGACCUACUAAAUGCAGGGCUACUGACUGUGACAUUAUUCUUAAGAAAAUGAGAAUUCUUCUGAAUGGUUGGGACAUUCUUUGGGUAAAAUGGGUCAAUUUUAUUUACUUAAAAGGAUAUUCAAUCUGGGAUUAUCUGUUAAAGCAAGAUACCAGUUGGUAUUGGAGGAAGCUUAUCAAGUUUUGUCAAUCCCUGUCCAGAUCUGAUUUGGAGGCUGCAGUUGUGAAUGGGAAACUUCAGCUGGGUAAACUUUACUCCUUUGUGCUUCCUGGCAAUUUGGUAUUCUAUGAGAAGGUUGUUUGGUGUAGGCUUUUGGUUCCUAAGCACAGAUUUAUCUUGUGGCUAGCUGUGAACCAGAAGCUCCUCACAAGGGAUUUACUUCAUCACUGUCAUUUUCCUAUCCCAUCUUUAUGUUGCCCUGUUUGUUCUCAAGCAGAUGAAAGUCACUAUCAUCUAUUUUUUGAGUGUCCUUUCUCCAGGAGAGUAAUGCAGGCUGUCUAUGGGUGGCUGGGAGGGGCUACUUGGCCUGUUCAAUUUGCGGUUUGGUCUCAUUGGUUGUCUAUGCCUCGCACUGGUUCGAUUUCAUUGGUGGCUACUGCAUCUUUUGCGGUUACUGUGUAUUUCAUUUGGCUGAACAUGAACCAUUGCUGGGUAGAGAAGACCUCUUUUUCUGUUUCUAAUAUUGAUAACUUGAUUAUAUUUUCGGUUAAGGCUAGAGUGUAG